AUGGCGGAGAGUAGCAUCACCUUCAAGGUCAGCAUGAUCAGCGGCGCUGAAGGCACUGUCAGUGGUGAUGCGGCUGAGACCCUCGCAGAUGUCAAAGGCAAAGUGAUGGAAGUGCUGAACUUGUCAAUGUCCUCGGUGUCACUAUUCCUGGACUCAGCCCCGGGGGAAGAGCUUCAGGAUGAUCGAAGCAUCAAAGAUCUUUCUGGCUGCAACCUGCUGGUUGUGGUGCCUUCAGAGCCAGAAUGGUGCACCAACAAGUGCUUCACCCAGGAAUACAUCCGCGGCCGUCGUUGUGGCAUGGAAGAGACUUCAGAGGAUGUGGAGGUUAGGAUCCUCUCAGGUGGUGAGUUUGCAUUCAAGAGGAAGCAUCAUGACCAUGACGCUGAAUGCGGCUACAGUCACGACUCGUCUUGGAACUCACGGGUGAAGCCACCAGGCGUGAGACUCAACGGGUCUCACGCACCAGGUACGACUCCUGGGACAGAGACGAUCACGAGGAUGACGAGGAGGAAGAGGAAGAGGAAGAUCAAAACUACGACAGGACAACGACAGAGAAGUUCAACAAAAUAUUCACCAAGGAUGAACUACUGA